GGGGGAAAAGGAAAAGGUAAAGAAGAAGAAGAGAGUUUUACUGAUGUUCUACUCCUUCUACACUUCUAUUUCCACUGAAUAUUAUGCCCAAUUUUUUCCAAUUCUCUCUUCUUCUUCUUUUGUUGUAUUUUAUUUUCUUUAUCAAAGAGUAAGCAGAGCAGAAACAAGAAAAAGAGACAGAAAAGAAAUUAUAUGUCGUUUGUGAUCACAACAGAUGUAACUGAUCUGGCUAGAACAGCUUCAGACCAACUCUGGCCCUUUUCUCAUUCCUUUUUAUUUGUCAAAUUUUGGAGGCAAGAAAAGUGUCUCUCACCUUCUUCCAUGCCAGAAAGGAUUUGUUUUGGGGUUUUUCAUGUAAAAAGCUUCUGCUUUUAUAAUUUGGCUACAGAAUUUCUGGGAUUUUCUUGGGACUGACGAUUUACUAGAGAUUUAAUUCUUUAGGGGGGUUCAGGGUUUAUCUAUUUUCUCAACAAAUGCCCUGCCUUCCCCAAGAAUUGUUUGAUAUGAUGUCUAAUAAGGAGAGGGUAAAUGAUGGUUGCAUUGGUUUACCGAGAAAAGUUCGGAUCAUUUAUGAUGAUCCUGAUGCUACUGAAUCUGAGGGUGAGAAUGAUCAUAAUACUUGUAAUGUUGUUAGAAUCAAGCGUGUCGUUAAGGAAGUGAACAUAUCUAGUGCUUAUUUGGAGAAAGACUUUGAAAAAUGUUUGGUCAAAAGCUCCAAGAAGAGUCUUGAAAAUAAGAACAAGAGUGGUCUUGAAAAUAAGAAAGUGCAGAUAAAAUCGUCGUCAUUGCCUAAAGGAGUUAGGAUGAGGAAAUGGGGAAAGUAUGCAGCGGAGAUCAGAGACCCCUCGCAAGGGAAAAGAAUAUGGCUUGGGACUUUUGACACUGUGAAAGCGGCUGCAGAAGCAUAUAAUGCAAAGAAGGCUGAGUUUGAUCGAAGGAUUUUGUCCGAAAGGGGUAAGAAUUUGAGUUCCCCUCGAGCUCCCCCUGAGUGUUCUACAGCUUGUUCCUCUCAUCCUACAAACAGGACCAGUAGUUUGUACUCGCAUCCAUCCCCGUCUUCAGUGCUAGAUGUACCAACUUCAUCAGCUGCCACAGCAGUUGAGUGCAUUGACAUUCCAAUGAAAGACAAGAAUCCAGUGCCAGUACUCGAGGUAGAGCAACCAGCUUCAGAAAUCGUGGAAAAGCAAUUGUUAUGGCCGCCUUCAGGUUGUCAAGAUUUUAACCCGAGAUUUGAAGAUCAAAUGCUUUAUGAAGAUCCUUUGAUAGAACAAGGCACCAUAAGCGAUAUCCUUGUGGAGAUGACUGAAUUCAAUACCAUGAAGAAAACAAAAGCUCGACAACCAACCAUAGAAAUUUGUCAAAAGUCUACAAAGGGAAUUGAGGACCGUCGUGUGAAUUGCACUGAGCAAUCAAUCACGUCUCCUUCUAUUAGUGCAGAGCUUAACAUGAUGAACUUCGAAGAAACUGCAGUUUCGGGGAAUAACUUGAAACAUCUAGGCUUUGACGAGAAUGCUCUAUUUGGUAAGGAUUUUACACAAACUUUUGAUCCUUAUACAGAUUUUAUAGGUCUGGACAGCAAUUUUCUCUGCUGUGAUGGUAUAGAGGAGUUUGUUUAUGGCGUGAACGAAGACUUCAGAGAUAAUGUUGCAGCUAAAUCGCCAAAAUUGGAUGAAGUUGACCUUAAAUGGUUAGACGAGGUACUGGUACAAGAUCAAUCAGUUUCGUAAGUACUAAGUACGAUUAAGUUAAAAUGGUGAGCAAUGAGAGGUUGUUCUUGGGAUUUUUGCUUUUGCUUCGUAGUUCUGCCCAGGAUUUUUGACUCUAAUCCCAUCACCAAUGAGGUAAAAAAAAAAAA